AGAUUGUUUAUUGAUCGGUGAACACAAUUAGGCAAAGGCAGAAAAGGGUGCCCUUAAAAAUGCAUCAAUUAGCGGUCUCCUAAUGAAAAAAGAGUGUAGCAUUACUCUGUCUGUGAUUUAAGGUUGCUAGGUUUGCGUCCUUCCAACAUGGUUAUGCAAAGUGCAUGUGACACAAAUUACAAAAUGUGGGCAUUUCUGACUCCUGAGGUUCAGGCUGUUUUGUGACAGUACUGCCAACAACCUGCCGCCCCUCUUAACCCAAAAAUGUUUAACUAUAAUGCUUGGUUUUUGGGAAUAAAAAGUAAUUAAAAAGAGGGUCAAAUUGUCUCAUUGUCUGCGAAUAAACAAGCCACCUUAGUGCUAAUUGUAUGGUACACAAAAUGAUACGGAAAUCGAGUGGUUACUUGAUUGGAUGAACCAGACCAUUUUGGUUAGACGUACCUAGUUAAUUUGACUAGCAAAGCCUGGCUAGAUUCUUGUAUUUGAGGUCUAUAGAUUUAGGCUAAAUCUUGUCUAAGUUUUGUUCUUUUGGCUUGAUUUUAACCCAUUGAUACCUUCUUUUUGGUUUUCUUAAAAGACCACCAAGCACUGCCAGCCUUUCAUGUCCAUAAAACAAUUCAAAAGGGAUAUGAUUGAAUUGUGAUUGAGAGAAUGGUACUGCUAAAUGAUUGGGGGAGGCAAGGAGGCAUACGGCUCUCACGGCCUGUACAUGUUGUUCGUAAAAAAAGAUAUAGAAUUUGUAGUUGUUGGCCAAAUUUGAUACAGGAUCUUCAAAUUGCAGGGUGACCCAGAUUACAAUCACAUGCAGGCCGUACUGGGUUGGCAUGAAAAAGACCAUACAUGUAAUCCUUGUCAUUUGAUGUUAUAACUUAUAUAUAUAUAUGACUUAAAAGAGUUUGGUUUAUUCAAUUCAGUAUUCACUUUCAAUUGUGAGAAAAAGUUAGAGACUUUUUUUCAAAGCACAUAGCUUUUCUUUCAAGUGAUUGAAGAUGGCUGUUUCACUUUCAUCCAUAGUACCUGUGAGGUCCAUUAGCUUACCAUCUAGGCUAAAUCCCAAUUCUCAAAAGAUUGAGUCAGAGCUCAAGAAGUUAAAGACUUUGAGAUUUUCAUGUGCUGCAGAAGCAGCAAGUUCAAGUCCUCUAGGCAGUGAGGCUCUUCUAGAGGGCUUGUCUGGUCUUGCAGAGUUGUACAAUUGCAUUGAGGAACUUGUUCACUCUCCACUGACCCAACAAGCUCUCAACCAUCACCAACAGUGCAAAACACUAGUGGAGGAAGCACUUGAUGGCUCAGUUGGGUUGCUAGACUCUUGUGGCAAUGCAAGAGACCUGCUUUUGACAAUGAAGGAACAUGUUCAGAACCUUCAAUCUGCACUGCGCAGGAGGAGGACCGGAGAUUCGAGCAGCAUCGAAAGCAACGUUCACGCUUACAUUUGCUUUCGAAAAAAGGCAAAGAAGAGCAUUGCAAAGAGCCUCAGAGAUUUGAAGAAAAUGGAAAGCAAUAUCAAUAUUGGGUCAUUUUGUCUCUUAGAUUUAGACCACAAUGUGCAGAUAGUGCUUAAAUUGUUAAGAGAAUUAAGUGCUGUCACAAUUUCUGUGUUUCAGUCUCUCUGUGUGUUCCUAUCCAUGCCUUUGACCAACAACACAAAGGCUAGCAAAUGGUGUUUGGUGUCAAAGCUAAUGGCUGUGAGAUUUGCAGCAUCAGAGAACGGCCAAAAGAUUUACAAUGAAGUUGGAAGUGUAGAUAUUGCUCUCUGCUCACUCCAUGGCCACAUGAAAAAGAGUGAUUAUGCCAAGACUGAUGUGCAGGGGGUUCAGUGGAGACUAGACACACUGGAUUGCAGCAUAAGUGGGCUUGAGGGUGGUUUGGAAAGACUCUUCAGAUGCCUAUUGCAACACAGAGUGUCUCUGCUUAAUCUCCUCACACCUUGAAGCUACUCAAAAUUCACCAAUCAGUCAUGGCAUCCCCAUUUUAUAGGAUUGUACCAUGUUCAAGAAACCAUUUUGUACAUUUGUUCCAAAAUUAUUGGAAUUUCUCAACAUAAUCUGUGUUUUUGUUUACAUGCAUGAUUUGCACCAAGUAUGUCCUAUAUGAAUGCAUAGUUAAUUUGGACAAAGUUACUGCUAUGGAAAUCAUUUUGUUUUGUAAGAUUGAUUUAGUUUGUACUAAUUGGAAUUAUGGAUUAUCUAUUAUCAUCAAAAUAGAAUUGCAUUAAUCACUUACAAAAUGUCACAAUCAAUGUACCAAACUUCAAUAAAACACUAUAAGAAGGUCGUGAGUUCGAAUCUCUUCCUUCAUUCGUAAAAAUUAAAAAAAACAAAACAAAUUAUUACCAAUUAGAAUGCAAUGGGACAAUGCCGCCCAAUUAUAUUAGACCUAAGAAUAUUGUCAUAAAAUGCUUACCCCCAACCUAACAUGAUGUGUCCUACACAUCUUUCAAUGAUUGAGAGCCCUAUAUUUAAUAGGAAUAGGUUUAUGCCUACUAUGUAUUAUACACUUCUUGGCAUAAACUUGUCUCAUGAAUAAGUCCUUGAUUCUUGCUGACCCAAGAAAACUUAUGCGAAUACAGACAAAAAUUAAUCCACCAUGCUUUCAAUAAAAUUUAAAAUAAAAAAAAAAGGUAUGCAAACAUUAUUGAGAGCACGUCGGCUAAUAAAUAUAAAAAUAAUAAUAAAUUAUUUGU